AUGUCUUUCAAAAUUCCCAUGGCAGCAACAGUGGCGGAGAGCUCACGCCUUAUGCUACGUGCCUUUUCUCUUGUUGUGGCUGUAGAUGAGAAUAACGGCAUUGGUGAUGGAAAGACCAUCCCUUGGCAUGUACCGGAGGAUAUGAAGUUCUUUAAAGAUAUCACCACAAAACUACGCGGAAAGAAUGUUGUGCCUUCACUGGAGAAGCGAAAUGCGGUUGUGAUGGGACGCAAAACGUGGGAUAGCAUUCCACUUAAAUUCCGUCCAUUGAAAGAUCGAUUAAAUGUUGUUCUUUCCAGUACUGUCACGACGCAGCAGUUGUUGGAGGAAAUACCCGAAGGGGAAUUACGACAGGCCGCCGUGAAUGAUAUUAUCGCCGUGAAUGGUGGUUUAGAAGAGGCUUUACGUUUAUUAGCAUCUCCACCGUAUGUGUCUAGUAUUGAAACAGUCUUUUGUGUGGGUGGUGGUCGUGUUUAUGCGGAUUGUAUGCGGCCGCCGUGUGUACAUGUGCUGCAGGCUAUUUACCGUACCAUUAUUCACUUACGUGCAGAGAACUGCAGUGUACAUUUUCAUAUUCCCGCUGCGGGAACUGUGGAGGCGGCGGGUGUGGAAUGGAUACGUGAGAGUAUCACAGAAGAACAAACAUCAAAGAAUGAAUCGGGAACAGUGUAUUGCUUUGAAAAACUUAUCCCACGUAAUCAUGAAGAGGAACAAUAUCUACAAUUGGUUUCACGUAUUAUCCGCUGUGGAAAUGUAAAGGAAGAUCGCACAGGUGUCGGUACACUUUCUCUCUUUGGAGCACAAAUGCGAUUUAGUUUACAUAAUAAUCGUCUUCCUCUUUUGACCACCAAACGUGUCUUUUGGCGUGGUGUUUGUGCGGAACUUCUCUGGUUUCUCCGUGGGGAAACGUAUGCAAAGUUGCUUAGUGAUAAAGGAGUUCACAUUUGGGAUGGAAAUGGCUCUCGUGCCUUCUUGGACAGUCGUGGAUUACACGAAUAUGAAGAAAUGGAUCUUGGUCCUGUCUAUGGAUUUCAAUGGCGACACUUUGGUGCGGAGUAUAAAGAUUAUAAAACCAAUUAUGAUGGAAAAGGGGUGGAUCAAAUUAAACAAGUGGUGGAGACCAUAAAAACAAAUCCAGAUGAUAGAAGAAUGAUUGUCACUGCAUGGAAUCCCGCGGCUUUAUCACGAAUGGCUUUACCACCUUGUCAUAUGUUAGCUCAAUUCUAUGUAAGUAAUGGGGAGUUAUCCUGUAUGUUGUAUCAACGCUCCUGUGAUAUGGGACUGGGAGUUCCAUUUAAUAUUGCCUCUUAUGCGUUAUUAACAAUUCUGAUUGCGAAGGCAACAGGACUGAAACCAGGGGAACUCGUUCACACACUUGGGGAUGCACAUGUGUAUAAGAAUCAUGUGGAACCAUGUGAGGAACAAUUAAAACGAGUACCGCGUGCUUUUCCGUUUCUUGUCUUUCGCCGUGAACGGGAGUUUCUGGAGGAUUACGAGGAAGAUGAUAUGGAGGUGAUCGACUACACCCCAUACCCAGCAAUCGCUAUGAAAAUGGCAGUCUAA